UGGUUUCUUCACCAGUUGUUAACGCUUCACCGCGUACCAAAGAAAUAUCACCACCUGGGCUUCUCUAUAAGUCCAAGACGGGAACUCCUUCACGUCGAUUGAAACAAGAUGCUGCCGUGAUAAUGCCAAGCACUGGAGCUGGUUUGGAAAGGGUUGGUGUGCAGUUUGGUAGUUUAAGCAUUUCUAAUGUUAACGAAGAGACCGUGGAGAUAGAAACACCGGUGUCACCACCGACUCAGAAUAUCGAUGAAACACCACAACAUCAACAACCACAGGCCGCGCCUGUAGCUCAGACAUCAUCCUCUCUUCCGCAAUCGAAUUCCAUAAAUAGGCCGAUAGCUCCUUCAUCAACACAAAGUAACGCUUUACAGUCAUCCGGAAGUAGCGCUCCACCUGCUACACCAUUGACUACCGUUCCGACACCUACACCACAGAAUUUCAAUCCCUCAUAUUUUAAGCAGCAACAAGAUCAACCAACUUCCGCCGCCUACUUAAAUCAACAACAUCACCUAGGACUAGCAGCUGAACCACUAAAUGCACCAUAUGGUUCUUAUUUGCAUAAUCAACCUCCUAAUCAACUAUCAGGAUUCGGUAUUGGACCAAUGCAAUCAUUACCAGAUUACGGUGCAUUAUACGGACCAGAUGCUCAACGCGUAAUGGGAUACUACGCUGAUCCUUCAUAUGGUCAAGCAUCGCCAGUAACGUCUGCGGGAUAUCAGAAUCGAGAAAAUAACAAAUACACACCUGAUACAACUACCAACUCGAGUCAAAGCUCCACUCAACAAGCUAGCACACAACAACAAUCUACAAAUCAACAAGGACAAAAUCCUCAACAGCCAUAUCCAGUGGGAGUUCCAUAUUACCCUUAUUAUUACCUUCCUUCUUAUCAACAGUCUGG